UCCAGGAGGUCAGUUAUGGGUGUGAGAGGUUUGCAGGGAUUCGUGGGCAGUACCUGCCCACAUAUAUGUACAGUAGUGAAUUUCAAAGAACUGGCGGAACACCACCGAAGCAAGCAUCCUGGAUGUACUCCUACCAUUGUGGUUGAUGCCAUGUGUUGUCUCAGAUACUGGUACACUCCUGAAUCUUGGAUCUGCGGUGGCCAGUGGCGGGAAUACUUCUCUGCUUUGCAGGAUUUUGUUAAGACUUUUACAGCUGUUGGCAUCAGGUUGAUAUUCUUCUUUGAUGGCACGGUGGAGCAGGAUAAGAGAGAUGAGUGGGUGAAACGAAGACUAAAGAACAACAGGGAGAUCUCUAGGAUUUUCCAUUAUAUCAAGUCACAUAAGGAGCAGCCUGGCAGAAACAUGUUCUUCAUCCCCUCAGGGCUGGCCAUAUUUACACGAUUUGCUUUGAAGAGCCUGGGUCAGGAAACUCUGUGUUCGUUGCAAGAGGCCGACUAUGAGGUGGCAUCUUAUGGCCUCCAGAAUAACUGUCUUGGUAUUCUUGGAGAAGACACCGACUACUUAAUCUAUGAUACCUGUCCCUACUUUUCAAUUAGUGAGCUCUGUCUGGACAGUCUCGAUACUGUCAUGCUCUGUAGAGAGAAGCUCUGUGAGAGUCUAGAUAUCAGCCUGGCAGACCUUCCUCUUCUGGCCUGCCUGCUUGGCAACGAUAUUAUUCCAGAAGGCAUGUUUGAAAGCUUUCGGUACAAGUGCUUGUCUUCCUAUACCUCUGUAAAGGAGAACUUUGACAAAAAAGGGAACAUCAUCUUAGCUGUAGCAGACCAUAUAUCUAAAGUUCUUCGCUUGCAUCAAGGUGAAAAAAAGCUAGAAGAGAUGUUACCUUUGGGACCAAACAAAGCUCUUUUUUAUAAGGGUGUGGCAUCAUAUCUUUUGCCAGGACAGAAAUCUCCAUGGUUUUUCCAAAAACCUAAGGGUUUAAUAACUUUGGACAAGGAGGUGGGAUCCACGAGUUCAGCCCCCGAAUCCAAGCAAGGAGUUCCCAUGUGUACCGACGCUGAAUCCAAACAAGGAGUUCCCAUGUGUACCGACGCUGAAUCCAAGCAAGGAGUUCCCAUGUGGACAAAUCCUGAAUCCAAGCAAGGAGUUCCUGUGUGUACAGAUCCUGAGUCCAAACAAGGAGUUCCUGUUUCUACAGACCCUGAUUCCAAGCAAGCAGUUCCCGUGUGUAUGGAUCCUGGCUCCAAGGAAGGAUUCCUUCCUGAAUCCAAGCAAGGAGUUCCCAUGUGUACACAUCCUGAAUUCAAGCAAGGAGAUCCUGUGUGUACACACCCUGAAUCCACGCAAGGAGAUCCUGUGUGUACAUACCCUGAAUCCAAGCAAGGGGUUCCCAUGUAUGCAUACUCUGAAUACAGGCAAGGAGUUCCCAUGUGUACAUACUCUGAAUCCAAGCAAGGAGUUCCCAUGUAUACACACACUGAAUUCAAGCAAAAAUCACCUCUGGGUGCAGACCCUGAAUUUAAGCUAGAAGCACCUGUAUGUACAAACCCUGGAAUUAAACAAGAAGACCUUGUGAAUAUGGAGCCUGAAAUCAAACAACAAGUAACCAUGGUUUCAGACCCUGAAAUCUUAAAGAUUGCUAGAGCACAUCACGUCCAGGCAGAGAGCUACCUGGUGUACAACAUCAUGAGCAGCGGGGAGAUCGAAUGCAGCAACACCUUGGAGGACGCGCUGGACCAGGCUCUGCCCAGCCAGGCUUUCGUCUACCGCCCCGUGCGCCAGCGCGUUUACUCCCUCCUGCUGGGGGGCGGCGAAGAUGGCGCCAGCACCUGCCCCACUGUCAAGGAGUGGUUUGUGUACUCUGGGAACCCACUGAGGCACCCGGACCUCGUCAGGCCUCUGCAGAUGAACAUUCCAGGGGGAACCCCUAACUUGAAAUUACUGUGGCUGAACCAAGAUGCAGGGAUACAAGCCCGGCGCUUGGACGCGCUGCUAGGCUGCUUCGACCUCUCCUCCUCAAGAGAAGAGCUGCAGGCGGUGGAGAAUCCCUUCAAAGCACUGUGCUGCCUCCUGACGUACCUCUUCGUGCAGGUGGACACGCUUUGCCUGGAGGAUCUGCAUGCUUUCAUUGCUCAGGCCUUGUGCCUCCAAGGAAAACCAACUGUGCAGCUCGUAGACUUACAGCUUGACUACAUCGACGCCCGAGCCGUGCAGCUUGGCUCCCUGCUGGUCCGCGGCCUUACCACUUUGGUCUUGGUCAACAGCGCGUGCGGCUUCCCCUGGAGGAUGAGUGACUUCAUGCCCUGGAACGUGUUUGACGGGAAGCUCUUCCAUCAGAAGUACCUGCAGUCGGAGAAGGGGUGCACCGUGGAGGCUCUGGUGGAACAAAACAGGUCCCGGCUGACCAAGUUCCACGCGCUGAAGUCGGUCGUGUGCAAGGCCUGCGUGAGGGAGAACCGGCGCAUCGUCAGCAGGCAGCACUGGCACUCCCCCCAGCCAGGCAGGUGGGGGAGGCAGGGAUCCGGCUCCCACAGGACGAGCUCCGGGUACAGCCGGGCAGGCCAAGGACAGCACUGGAGGGAUCAGGGUCCAGGAAAUAGACAGUAUGAGCCUGACCAUUGGAGAAGAUACUCCUCUUCCGGUCAACAGAUGGGAACAACCCCAGUGUCCAUCGGCAGAGAAAUGGCUCCUUACUUGGCAGCUCUGCAGACAGGCUGCACCCCCGAGAAGUCGGUGGGGCAAGUCCUAGGAGCAGCCUCAGGCUUGGCUCCUGUCCCCACGGCCCAGCCUCUGGACACCUGGACUCCAGGAGAGCCCCCGCGUGGAGUGCGAUGGGGAAUGCCACGGAAGGCAGCCCAAGCCAGCAGCCUUCCUGUCUCCAACACGCCCGGCCAGCCGCCUCGCGGAUGGCAGUGA